AGGCCCGGCCGGCGGAGGGGGCCCAGGGGCGGGGACAGCCUGGGUGCUGAGAGAGAGGGAGAAGGAGGAGAGAAAGUUUGUCCAGGAGGAGUUUGGGCCGGCCAGUCCAGGGAAGGGCUGAGAGCCAGGGGCAGGAGGCAGGCAGCGGGGCGACCCGGGGUGGGCAAGGAGUGCUGGGCGCCGUCCGAGGGGCCAAGACAUCGCGCCGAGGCCAGAAUCGGGGGGAGGGGGAGAACCCAGGCCCUGCCCCCCUCCCCCCUUCGCCCCCGCCUGACUGAGGCCAGAGCCGAGGGAAAGUUUUGGCCCGGAUGCCUGGGUCCACCAGGAUGGGCAGAGCGGGGCUGGCGUGGUGCCUGGCCCUCUGGUGCUGGGGAAGUUGGGCCCGGGAAGGCGUUUGGGACCCAUUUGUGACCGGACCUGGGAAUGUGACAGGGGCCAGGGGCCGAGGGGCUGUCCUUCGCUGUGAGGUGCGAGUGGCCGGGGAGGCCCCAGAGGUGAGCUGGCUCCGAGAUGGGCAGGUGCUAGAACUGGCCGACAGCACCCAGACCCAAGUGCCCCUGGGGGAAGACGGCCAAGAUGACUGGAAGGUGGUCAGUCAGCUCAGGAUCUCAGCCCUGCAGCUCUCAGAUGCUGGGAGAUAUCAGUGCUCUGUGGCUGUGGAGGGGGAGACUUUCCUCUCACCACCAGCCUACAUCGGUCUGGAAGGACUCCCCUAUUUCCUGGAGGAGCCAGGAGAUAUGACUGUGCCUGCUGACACCCCAUUCAACCUCACCUGCCAAGCUCAGGGGCCCCCUGAUCCUGUAAAUCUGCUCUGGCUUCAGGAUGGUGCCCCCCUGGCCUCACACAAUCCCACAAAGGGCCUGCUCCACCUGCCAGGCCUGAAUAAGACGUCAUCCUUCUCCUGUGAGGCCCAUAAUGCCAAAGGGGUCACCACUUCCCGGACGGCCAUGGUUACAGUGCUUCCACAACGUCCCCAGCACCUCCAGCCCGUUUCCAGCAGUCCCACCACGCUUGAAGUAGCCUGGACACCAGGGGCCAGUGGGAUUUACCCCAUCACCAAUUGUGCCCUGCAGGCUGUGCUAUCAGAUGAUGGGGUUGGGCCUGGACCUGGAGCCAUGGAACCCCCGGAGGAGCCACUGGCAUUUCAAAUAGCUGUACCACCCCACAGCCUGCACCUGGAGAACCUGCAGCCUCACAGUGCCUACCAUAUACGUGUGGCCUGUGCCAGUUCCCAGGGCCCCUCAUCCUGGACACACUGGGUGUUGGUGGAGACACCGGAGGGAGUACCAAUGGGACCCCCAGAGAAUGUGAGUGCCAUCCGAAAUGGCAGCCAAGCUCUGGUGCGCUGGCAGCCACCUCGAGCUCCAUUGCAGGGGACGCUGCAAGGGUACAAGCUGGCAUACCGGGAAGAGGAUGCGCCUGAGGUGCUGGUAGACGCAGGGCUGAGACGGGAAGUGACUCUGGAGCUUCGUGGGGAGGGGGUGUUACCCAACCUAACCCUGCGGGUGGCAGCCUACACCACUGCCGGUGAUGGGCCCUGGAGCGUGCCUGUGCAGCUGGAGCCCUGGAGACCAGGAGAUGGGCAGCCAAUACACCAGCAUGUGAAGGACCCCCCGGCCCCUGCCUUCUCCUGGCCCUGGUGGUACGUGCUCCUCGGGGCCGUCACGGCUGCCGCCUGUGUGCUCCUCCUCGCCCUCUUCCUCUUCCACCGGAGAAAGAAGGAGACCCGUUACGGGGAAGUGUUCCAGCCCACCGUGGAGCGCGGAGAGCUCGUGGUUCGGUACCGGGUCCGGAAGUCCUACAGCCGCCGCACUACUGAAGCUACUCUGAACAGCCUGGGCAUCAGUGAAGAGCUGAAGGAGAAACUCAGAGACGUGAUGGUAGACCGGCACAAGGUGGCACUGGGAAAGACCCUGGGAGAAGGAGAAUUUGGUUCUGUUAUGGAAGGGCAGCUGAACCAGGAUGACUCCAUCCUCAAAGUGGCUGUGAAAACCAUGAAGAUUGCCAUCUGUACACGGUCAGAGAUGGAGGACUUCCUGAGUGAGGCGGUCUGUAUGAAGGAGUUUGACCAUCCCAAUGUCAUGAGGCUCAUUGGGGUUUGCCUCCAGGGCUCGGACUGCGAGGGAUUCCCUUCGCCGGUGGUCAUUUUGCCCUUCAUGAAACAUGGAGACCUGCACAGUUUCCUGCUCUAUUCACGACUCGGGGACCAGCCCAUGUUCCUACCUACUCAAACGCUGGUGAAGUUCAUGGCCGACAUCGCCAGUGGGAUGGACUACCUGAGUACCAAGAGGUUUAUUCACAGAGACUUGGCUGCCCGGAACUGCAUGCUAAAUGAGAACAUGUCCGUGUGCGUGGCCGACUUUGGCCUCUCCAAGAAGAUCUACAACGGGGAUUAUUACCGCCAGGGCCGUAUUGCUAAGAUGCCAGUCAAAUGGAUCGCCAUUGAGAGCCUGGCUGACCGUGUCUACACCAGCAAAAGUGAUGUGUGGUCCUUUGGGGUAACCAUGUGGGAGAUCGCAACUCGAGGCCAGACACCUUACCCAGGGGUAGAGAACAGCGAGAUCUACGACUACCUGAGGCAAGGCCAUCGCCUCAAGCAGCCACUAGACUGUCUGGAUGGACUGUAUGAGCUGAUGUCCCGUUGCUGGUCCCUGAGCCCCAGAGACCGGCCAACCUUCGCAGAACUUCGAGAAGAGCUGGAGAUGACACUGAAGGGCCUUCCCCCCACCCAGGACCCUGAAGAGAUCCUCUAUGUCAACAUGGAUGGGGAACCUGCUGGGGCAGCUGGUGGUACGCCCCAAGCCAGCCCCCUGCCAGUCCCAAAGGCCUCCUGCAACUGCAGCUGCAUCACCUCUGCCGAUGUCCACCCAGCCGGACGAUAUGUCCUCUGCCCCUCCACAGCCCCCGGGCCCCCAAUGCCCACAACCAGGAGGCCACCUGCCCCUCCUGGCCAGGAGGAGGGGGCCUAGGUGAGGCCCCUCAAACCCCACCUCAAGCUAGGCACUGCCACUGGGGCAGCCAGGGAAGUUCACUCCUGGCUUCACCCACCCAGCUCUGACCCCUGGGCCCUUCCAAGCCCUGCCCUUCAGAACCCUUGAAGCCACCUCCAUUCCCUGACUGCACCUCUUUCUCCUGUCUCUUGCCUUCUCUCCAGCAACCCUCGUCUUCCUCUUUCCCCAGUCCUCCACAUUUCCAUUCCCCAGAUCCAUCCCUUUCUCCAUUGCUUCCCAUCUCUUUUUCCAUCCUCACUCCAGCCUUCAUUCCUUCUUUCCUCCCUAUUUCUUCCUGGCCCCCCCAUGUCUGUCCUCCCCUCCUUGACUCUCACCAUCUCCGUACCCCUUUCCCCAUCUCCUUCCAUCUUUGUCCACCUCCUUCUUUCUCCCCGUUUCUCUUCCUGACCCCCAGAGCUCCAUUCCUCCUUGGGGUAUGCCCCCCCAGCUCUGUGCAAUGCAUUAGGGAUGACCUCCCCCCAGGCCAUCCUGCCCCCCUGAGCCAGCCCCUUCCCUCACAUACAGAGAAUUCAUACAGUGUCCGAUCUCUCCCCUUCUCCCUCGCUCACUUUCAGGGCCCAGUUUACCCCCAUAAACAUUUUGUACCAACCAG